AUGCCUAAAGCUCACGGUCGGUAUGACCGGUACAACACCGAUCUCAGCGAUGUUUUCGGCUCUUCUGUUCGUGCCAAGAAGCAAAUCAGAAAUAUAGAAAAUUUGCUUCAAAAAGACGAUCUCCCUGCUGAUAUUAGAAUCGAAAAGGAAAGAGCCUUGAAGGCCUUGAAGGUUGAUUUGAAGCACAGACAGUUCAAUUUGAAGACAAAGGAGCGUGCAAAGAAGUACCACAUGGUCCGUUUCUUUGAGAGAAAGAAGGCCAUCAGAAGGCUCAAACAAGCCACCAAGGCCCACAACGAGGCAGUCGAAUCGGAGUCCAAGAAGGAGACCAAAAAAGCCAGAAAGGUGUUGAAGCACGCCCAGAUCGACACUGCUUACGUGUUCAUGUUUCCCAAAUCUGAGAAAUACGUUUCUUUGUAUCCACCAGAACUCAGCGCUGAAGCCAAACAGGACGACAAUGUCAAAAAGGGUGCCCAGCGGACCGAGGAAAGAAGACUAGCAUACCGUAAGAAGAUGGAGGAGCUCAUCGACAGCGGAAAACUACCUUUCACUUUUGAAGACGUCUUGGCCGGUAAGACAGUGCAGGUGGAGAAUGCAACCUUGCCAGAGCAAGAGGAGGAGAUCGAUGCCCCACAGGAAAAACCACAGGAAGAGGAGGAAGACGAGUUCUUCGAGUAA